AUGUCGAAAUCAAAUCUUAGGAUGUCGUGGUCUGGCGAUUAUUCAUCACUACAGGAGUUCGUUGAAGACAAGUUGUGUUUAGUUGGAAAAUGGUCAUCUAUUGGGGGCGAAAAGAAGCAGUUCGAGGGGGGAAAUAUUGUGAUAAAUUGGUGGAAAAACAAAAAAUAUUUGGCAAUCUCCGGCGAGAAGGCAAGUGAUAUUGUAUGUAGAUUAACAACAUUGUUUACCGACACUUAUAUAUUCGACGAUCAUUGCACUGCCGCAGUUGAUGUUGAGAAUCCGAUUAACAAUAACUGUUCUUGUUUGCGUGUGGAAUCUACUGUUGAAACGGAAUGCAUGAAAAAAAACUGCAAUGUUGUGGAAGCCGCAAAUGCUGCAAUUAACCCAAAUAUGACAAAUAUUGGCGGCCAAAUAUGCCAUUGUAAAUGUAAAGAACUGUCCACGGAUUUUGAGGGUAUAAAACUUGACCUAGUGGUCAAUGAAAGGAUUAUUCUUGAUAACACCUCCCGUAUUAGCAAGGUUGAAGGUUUAUUGGCGAGAUUUCAAACCGAAAACGAAGAAAUGAAACGCCAAUUAAGUAGUUUUGAAGCAAAAAUCACUGAGCCGUUAAAUCAAACAUGCAUACAUCAAACACUCGAGCCUCAUGUUGACCUUGAAAAUAAUACGAGAGCCUCUAGUUCUUUACAAUGUCUGGAUAAUAUGACUGAAUUAAAAGAGGCAGAAAGUUUUGAAGAUGCUUCUUUCAGUGGUGAGGGUCUUGGUAAUAAUAGCGUUAUUGUAUGCGAAGUUUUCAUUGUUGAUGACAAUGAAAGAUUAUUAAUAGAAACUGAAGAAUUAUCUGUUGGUCCAGAUAAUAAGCAUAACAAAGCCCUAGAAAAUUGUUCAUUAUUAAAAAAACCCAAGUUAUUUCCAUCGUUCAAAAAGCGGCUUAUAUAG